GAGGCCUUCACGCCACUCGGAAGGGACAGGGAGGAUGCUAUAGAAAUAGUCAGCUGUGAGCAGGUGAUGAGGUCGUCGCUGCUCGUAGGAUUUAGUCGGAUGUGUGAAAUACUACAAGUGUGUUUCCAAUCACCACACCGCCAUCGCCAUUAAGACGCAUUCUGUUCUGUUUCUGCUGCACUGAACUGCAAGGAGAAAGUCUGUAGGGAGUUCUCAAGGUCAUGGCAGCGUCUGCUGCAGUCAUAUUAAGUGUAUGGGCUGCAGUAUUAGACUCUGUUGUAAGCCAGAUCGUAGUUCAGGAAGUGGAUGUUGGCAGCACAGCUGUUUUACUCUGUCACAGCAAUGAUGAUCACCACAGGUUCCAAUUUUGGGAACUAGAAGGGAACCAUUUAAUUGGUCCUGGAAAUGAAGUUGACACAUCAAAAUACAAAUUUGAGGUUCUGUCUGGUACUUUGUACAUUAAGAGUGUGUCAACAGCUGAAGCAGGGUUUUACAAAUGCUUCUCUAGAGGACUGACAAAUUCAUCAUUUGCCAUACACAGCAUAGAGCUAGUCGUGAAGAAGGAUUGGGAAGAUGUGUGGGAAACAGACACAGAAACAAAUGUUUACAGAAUACUGGUGGUUGUAGCAGCAUUAAUAUUGCUGCUUGGCUUAGCCUAUUUUGUGUACCGAUUCAUUAAGAGACGAAGAUCAUCCAGGUUUGGAGAUUUGUCUGAUGAAGAAUCUCCAGAUGAAGCAGUCACACAUGGAGUAUCAUACAAUGUUUCAAACCUUCCGCCUGUGACACCAACCAACAUCCCUAAUAAUCAGGGUGUGGAUAACCCAGCUCUGGAAACUGAUUUUCCUAAGGUGUUCAAAGUUCUACAGACAACUAGUCACUCACCAAUGUGAUACAGCACUGCAAAGUAGUGUGUGUGUGUGUGUGUGAGUGAAUGAACAGUUUUUAUGGACUAUGUUUUCAACAUUCAAGUUUCUUGUAUUAUAAUGCGAACAUUCUUUGAUUGAGCAGCAACUACGAGGAUACCACUGGUAAGAUAUAAAGUGCAAUUAACAUUCAGAUAAGAAAUAUUAAUUUUAAAGUAAUUAUCCCAUAACUGCUCAUUUUUCCUUCAGAAAUAAUUAAGUCUGAUCACUAAAAUAUCUGUGAAAUAAAAAACUUUCACAUCUCUCCA